AUGAAUAUUGCAAGCGCCUUGACUGGUGGCUUCGCCACCGAUAUCAACAUUUCACAGUCCACGAUCAAUUUGGGCAAUCAGCUCAUGUUCAUGGGCAUCGUGGUCUUCGAAAUACCAUGUAACAUGGCCUUGCAACGAAUUGGCCCUCGCAAGUGGAUUUCGGCCCAGGUUUUUCUCUUCGGCUUACUUGCUACCAUGCAAGUAUUCAUUCGCAGUCGAGGGUCUUUCCUGGCUAUACGGCUGCUUUUGGGAUUUGCUGAGGCAGGGUAUAUCCCCGGUGCAGUAUAUACUUUGUCGUCGUGGUAUACGAAAAGAGAAUUGGCUAAGAGAGUUGCUAUCUUCUUCUUUGGGAUGUUUGGUGGUAAUGCUCUUAGCCCUAUCUUGGCCUCCGGUAUUCUGAUUCUCGAUGGUCGACAUGGUAUUCGAGGAUGGCAGUGGCUCUUUCUAAUUGAGGGGCUAUUCACGAUCUUUGUCUCAUUCCUCCUAUCGCUACUUCUACCUGGAUCACCCGAUCUUACCAGCCCAUUAUUAAGCCCUGGAGUUAUCAAGUUCUCGGAUUCUGAGAGGGAGAUUCUUCAAAGACGACUCGAAAAAGACAAUGGUGGAAGUACCGAGGGCGGGUAUGGCGUGCAUAUUCCAUUAAAAGUCGUGUUUCGCACUGUGGCUUGCUAUCGUCGCUGGCCGCACUUUAUAUCUACAUUCGUCGUGUUUUCGACGUGGAGUCCUCUGACCACUUACACGCCAUCGAUCAUCAUGUCACUCGGCUUUGACAGAACAUCAGCAAACGCUCUGGCUGCAGUCGGUGCAUUCCUCUCACUUGGAGUAGUAUUCUUCUUCGCCUACUUAAGCGAUCGGACCAAUCGCCGAGGUGCAUCUGUGAUCGCUGCUCAAGUCUGCUACCUAGUUGCCCUGAUAGUAACUCUCAAGGUCCAGCCCCAUGUUGGUAAAUGGUCACGUUGGGGACUUUGGACUGCUGUGAACAGUUUUGCUGUGGGAUAUCAUCCCAUACAUAACUUCUGGGUUCAGAUCAACUGUAGGGAUCCGAGGGAGCGGAGUAUCAGCAUCGCGUGA